AUGAUUAUUUACUCUCUUAAUAUUAGAGGAGAGGGCAAAUUAGUGAAGAGAAAGAGAGUAGGCUUCAAUAUUCAAAGAGGGAAAGUGGACAUAGCGUUCAUUCAGGAAACAAAACUUAGGGGAGUGCAGUAUCAAACUGUUAAAGAGUUAUGGGGCGAUGCUUUGGUUGAAUGGUCUCAUGUGGACGCCGAAGUUGCUUCGGGAGGUAUGUUAAUUAUGUGGAGGAAGGACUUCUUCAAUCUAAUCUAUAGCUUUAGAGGUGAUGGUUUUUUAGGAAUAUGUGUGGAAAAGGAUAAUAGAAGGAUCUAUUUUGUCAACAUAUAUGCUGCUUGUGACCAUAAAAUUAGAUUGAGAUCGUGGAGGAGUCUAUUGGAUUUAAAAAGGAGGAGUAGUGCCGGUUCUUGGUGUAUAAGAGGAGACUUUAAUUUGAUAACUUCUUUGAACGAAAGAGUUGGUAUUUCAAAGAAGAAUUAUAGAAAGGAGAUAGAAGAUUUCAAAGAGUUUAUAGAGGAGAUGGAGUUGGUGGAUCCUCCCACAAUAGGAGGAAAGUUCACUUGGAGAAAUAUAUGUGGUAGUGCUAUGAGUAGAUUGGAUAGAUUUCUUCUUUUGGAUAAGUUCAUUGAUGAUUGGAAGGUAGAAGGCCAAACAAUAGGUGAAAGGGAUGUUUCGGAUCAUGCUCCAAUAUGGAUGAAAGAUAAUAAAAGAAAUUGGGGGCCUAAAUCUUUUAGGUUUAACAAUCUCUGGUUUAAUCAUGAUAAUUUCAUUCAUUUUGUAGAGGUGGAAUGGAAGAAGAUUGUGGUGAUGGGAAGAGGAGAUUUUUGUUUGGUUGAGAAAUUGAAAGCUCUAAAAAGCCAAAUUGUCAAGUGGAAUAAGGAGGUGUAUGGGUGGAUAAAUCUCAACAUUGAAGAGGCGGGUAAAGAGAUGCACUUUUUAGAUAACAAGUUUGCUCAUUUUGCAGGUAAUGUUUCGGAGGAGGUGGUGGUAGAAAGAUCUAUAGUGGCAAUCGAUUUUUGGGACAACCUUUGCAAAAAAGAAGGCUUUCUUCGUCAAAAAUUGAGGCAAUUAUUAUUAACCGAAGGUGAUUGUAACACUUGUUAUUUCCACAAUUCUCUAAAAGAUAGAAGAAGGAGGAAUUCUUUGUGUGCUCUUGAUUCUAGAGGGGGGAUAUUGAAAAAAGUUAGUGAAGUUAAAGGAUUUAUUUUCAAUCAUUUCAAAUCUUUCUUCAAUGAGGAGGCGGAGGGGAGGCCGAAUCUUAGUGGUUUGUCUUUAAAGGCGCUUAGUGGUUGGGAGAGUUUGAAUAUAGAAAGAUUGUUCACGGAGUUGGAAGUUAAAGAUGCAAUUUGGUCGUGCGAUGGAAACAAAAGCGCGGGACCGGAUGCUUUGAUUCCAAAAAUCAACAAUACGCAAAAUUUAGGAGAGUAUCUUCCCAUUUGUUUGGUGGGAAGUAUCUACAGAAUCAUUUCGAAGAUUUUGGCGGCUAGAUUGAAAGAGGUAAUUGGUACUUUGGUCUCUAACAAUCAAACCGCUUUUGUUUCGGGUAGAAACAUGAUGGAUAGUGUUUUAUUGGUUAAUGAGUUAAUUGAUUGGUCGAGAAGGAAGAAAAGAAGUUGUAUCUUACUAAAUGUGGACUUCGAAAAGGCUUAUGACUCAGUUUCUUGGAAAUAUCUUAGAGACAUGAUGAUGAGAAUGGGUUUUGGUGAUAUGUGGAUGAGAUGGAUGGAUACUUGUAUUUUUAUGAGUCACAUGUCCGUUUUGGUCAACGGGAGCGCAACGAAGGAAUUUAAGGUUCAUAAAGGUUUGAGACAAGGAGAUCCUUUGUCCCCGUUCCUCUUUGUUCUUGCUAUGAAAGGUUUAAAAGCUCUUGUGAGAAAAUCGAUAGAGAUGGGGGAUUUAAAACCUUUCAAUUAUGGGGAAGAGGAUUAUGUGGACAUAUUGCAAUUUGCGGACGACACUAUAAUUCUUGGAGAAGAUUCGUGUGAUAAUCUUUGGAAUAUGAAAGUUUUGUUGAGAGGCUUUGAGUUAGUUUCCGGUUUGAAAACCAACUUUGCUAAAAGUAAUAUCCUUGGUGUUAACGUUGGUGAUUGGUUCAUUAACGCCACAACGACGUUUCUUUCUUGCAAGAAAGGCGGAAUUCCUUUCAAAUUCUUAGGAAUCAUGGUGGGGGAGAGUCUUAGAAAGAAGAAAGUAUGGUUGGAAGUGAUAAACAAAAUAAAGGGGCGUCUUUCAUCUUGGAAGGGAAGCAACAUAUCUAUGGGAGGUAGAGUUCCUCUUAUUAAUUUGGUUCUAAAUGCAAUUCCAACCUUUACACUAUCCUUUUUCAAAGCUCCGGGAAAGGUCAUAAAAGAGAUAAGAAGGCUUCAAAGCGAUUUUUUAUGGAGUGAGAAACUUGAUAAAAAGAGUAUUCAUUGGGUGAAGUGGAAGAACGUUUGUAGAUCAAAAGAGAAGGGCGGGCUAGGAGUGCGAGAUGUAGGGGAGGUGAACAAAGCUCUCCUUUUAAAAUGGAAGUGGAGAAUUUUGAGGAAGGAUAAUGCCAUUUGGAGUAGAUUUCUUUUGUUGAGGUAUCAUUGUCCUAAACUAAAGGUUCAAGUACCUAGUGGAGAAAUGAGUAGAAGUGAUGAUUCUAUUUGGUGGAGGGAUAUUAACAAAAAUAAUGUGAUAGAUGACCUCGUUGAUAGCGGUUUUACCGGGUGUUAUAUGUGUUGUUGCAAAAAUGGAAAAUAUAUAUUUUUGGGCAUAGUUUGUGGUUGGGUGAUGUAA